CAGCUUCCAGGAACCUUACUUCCAUGUUAAAUAGAUACUCUGCUCUAUCCUUAGUCGUAGUUUGGUUUUUUUAAGAUGGAAAAACAUGGUGAGGAAGAAGAGUGUUCUCGCUAUGAUGUGUUCAUUAGUUUUAGAGGUGAAGAUAUUAGGCAUACCUUUCUACGGCAGCUCCGUGAAGGGUUGGGGAGGAGGGGAAUACUCAGUUUCCAUGAUGACAGGGAUAUGAGAAUAGGGACAGAUCUUUCAAUUGCUCUGCAUGAGGCCAUUGAAGAAUCUAAUGUUUUCAUAGUUGUGUUUUCUGAGAACUAUGCAUCUUCCACAUGGUGUCUGGAUGAACUUGUUAAGAUUAUCCACCGCAGCCAUACGAACAUUAAGCAAGUUGUUCUUCCAGUGUUCUACCAUGUAGAUCCCUCAGAUAUACAGAAAAUGAGAAAUAGUUUCAGAAAACACAUGGAGGCACACGAAAAAGAGUUUGGAAAAGAGUCGCAGAGAAUGCAGGCUUGGAGGUCUGCUUUGUCUCAAGCAGCUAACUUGCCACGGAUGCAUAUUACCACCACCACCGGAUUUGAAAAGGAUUAUAUUGAAGAAAUUGUUGGGAAGGUCCAAAUGAAUCUAUGUCGUAAACCUUUAUAUACUGGUCAGAACCCUCUUGGACUUGAGCCCCACAUAGAAAAGGUUAUGUCACUUUUGGACAUUGAUGACAACACUGUAAAAAUGUUGAGCAUAUAUGGACUUGGUGGAAUUGGAAAAACGGAACUUGCCAAAGCUUUGUAUAACAAAAUUGUGCGACACUUUGAUGCUGCAAGUUUUCUUGCCGGUGUUAGAGAAAAAUCAAACACAAUCAAUGGCAUGGAAGAUCUACAGAAGACACUUUUAUCUGAGAUGUUUGAGGAGUCCGAAACUAAGUUGGGAAGUACCAAUAAAGGAAUUUAUGAAAUAAAACCAAAGAAGAAAGUUCUUUUGGUUCUUGACGACGUUGAUGAUAAAGAAAAGUUAGAAAAGUUGGCAGGAGGGUGUGAUUGGUUUGGUCCAGGUAGUAGGAUCAUUAUAACGACAAGGGAAAGAGAUCUCCUAAUUGUUGGAAAUGUUUAUGAAAUGAAGGAACUUGAUGAACAACAUUCUUUGGAGCUCUUUUGUUGGAAUGCCUUCGGACAAGGUUGUCCUAAAACUGGUUUUGAAGAUGUGUCUAUGCGUGCUGUAAAUUACGCUAAAGGUCUUCCACUGGCUUUAAAAGUGCUAGGCUCUGAUUUAGCUACUCUUCAUGGAGAAAGUUUAGAUGCUUGGGAAGAUGCACUGGAAGAAUAUAAGAAGACUCCAAAUAAAAAGAUUCAAGAUAAUGUGCUUCAAGUAUGCUACGAUAGAUUGGAUUAUAAUGCCAAACAAGUUUUCUUGGACAUAGCUUGCUUCUUUAAAGGGGAGAAAGUGGAAUACGUGAACGAAAUACUUGAGGAAUUUUAUUCAGAAUCCAAAAUGAAAGAACUUGUUAAUAAAUCUCUCAUAACUAUCGAGAAUGGCUGCCUCAAGAUGCAUGAUCUAAUACAAGAUAUGGGUAGACAGAUUGUUAGGCAGGAAGCACCAAAUCCUGGUGAACGUAGCAGAAUAUGGGAUUAUGAAGAUGUUCUUCAAAUACUAACCGAAGAUUCAGGAAGUGAUAAGAUUCAAGGGAUUAUGCUUGAUCCUCCUCAGCAAGAAAAGGUAAAAUGGAGUGGUACUGAGUUUCAGAAAAUGAAAUGCCUCAGAAUUCUCAUUGUUCGAAACACAUCCUUUUCAUCUGAACCUGAACAUUUACCGAAUCAUUUAAGACUGCUUGACUGGGACAACUAUCCUUCAAAUUCUUUCCCAACAAAAUUUCAUCCAAAGAAAAUCGUUGUUUUCAAUUUGCCUAGAAGUUCUCUAACAUUGGAAGAGCUGUCAUUCAAGAAAUUUCCAUGCUUGACUAAUAUGGACUUUUCAUAUAACCAACGUAUCAUUGAAAUACCUGAUGUGUCCGAACUUCAGAAUCUAAGAGAACUGAGACUUGAUCAUUGUAGAAACCUAAUUGCAGUCCAUGAAUCUGUUGGAUUUUUGAAAAGGCUUUCUCAUUUAAGUGUUUCAGAAUGCACAAAACUUCAAAUUUUCAUGUCCAGAAUGUUUCUACCAUCUCUAGAAGUCUUUGACCUCAACUUAUGUGAAAGCAUUGAUCAUUUCCCAGAGAUAAUGCAAGAAAUGACCAAGUCACUGAAGAUUAAAAUGAAAAAUACGGGUAUUCAAGAGCUUCCAGAAUCCAUCAGUAAUCUUACUGGGCUUGUUUCUAUAGACAUAUCGAGUAAUAAGGAACUUAAGUAUUUACCAAGGAGCGUAUUCAUGUUGCCAAACUUAGAAGAAUUGAUUGUUUCAGAGAACAAUUUUGUAUCUAUCCCUUCGUGCAUCAAGCAAUGUGGUGACUGGACAAGUCUCGAUUUGAAUGGAAGCAAGAAGCUUAAAAAAAUUUCUGAACCCACCAGCUUGAGAAUUCUUGAUGUUCAUCAUUGUUUAGACCUUGAAGAAAUUUCAGAGUUGCCGUCCACUGUUCAGAAAGUAGAUGCAAGAUUUUGUUUCAAGUUAACAAAAGAGACAUCAAACAUGCUAUGGUGUCAGGUGAAGAAAGGGGUUGGUGGAAUUGAAAUGGUGAUGCCAUUUUUAACUGAGAUUCCAGAAUGGUUUAACUUCGUGGGAGUCGAAAGGAUUCCUGGUUUUUGGGUUCGUGGCAAGUUUCCUAACAUUGUUCUAGCCAUGAUCUUCCACUUCGAAAAUCCAAAUCAAAGGGAGGAAUAUGGUCGCCGUCACCUUGUUGAUCUGCGUCUACUUAUCAACGGUCGAUAUGCUCCUCGCAAAGGGUAUCAGAACUUUAGAAUUGAAGCAGAACACAUCUUGGUGUGUGAUUUACGAGUUUUGUUCAGUGAGAAGGAGUGGUUUGGCCUUGAUGCACUUCUGGAGGAUGAGUGGAAUCUGGUUGAGGUUGCGUAUGAUGCGACUUCGUCCUUGAUGAUAAGUGGUUGGGGAGCUUUUGUGUAUGAAGAAGAAAUCAACAUGGAACAUCUCCUAUUUACUUAUCCCUAUCCCGUGAUUGUCAACGAAGCUUCAACCUCUGGCCAUAUGGAAAGUGAGGAGGAGGAAAAAGGCUACUUUGCUUAUCUGGAAGGAAUAGCGUGGGAAACAUUGUAUGAAGGAGUGAGGGAUGGACUUUUUGAGGCAAGGAAUAGAUUUCCUUCUAUGGAUAUUGAUGAAAUCUUUACAGCUACCUUGGAGAAGGGUCCUAGGAUUGAAUGGACAGCUGAAGGGAUGGAGCUAAUACCGUCAGCUGAACAUAGGACAUACUUCAAUGGAAUUUACUCCGGACUCUUAGAAGCAAAGCUGAGGUUUCCUGAUUUGGACGUGUGGGCAACACUAAAUACUGUGGCAAAUAGGAGAGGGAUUAAAGGAACUUUCGAAUCACCCUUACAACAAAAUCUGUGGAUUCCUCGAUUGGAUUGGAGUACAGUGACACUUCCUCCCUCUCACGACCCUUUGAUGCAAAUAUUCAUGAUGAUGAUGAAGCAGCAAAGUACUUCGGAAUCCGAACUCAAAACUAAAACCUUCUGGAAGUUGAAGGAGAGCCACCAAAUUCUCCGCAACAGAUUAUCACAUAAAACUGCUCCUCAGAACUCAGCCAGCUCUUCGAAAAAUCAAUAUGACGAACUGAUUCAGAAAUUCAACAUGCAAUAUGAUGCGUUUGUUGGGAAGAGACUAGACAACCUUUAUGGUGUGGCAAAGUAUGANANGGAUAGUGNUGUUUUGAAAGAAAGAGCUGAAGAAUUAGAGAGGGUAUUGGAUGCUGUUGUUGGGAGGCUCCAAAAUUCAGAAGAGUUUGGAGAUGUAAUGACUGCAAUGUUCUUGAAUGGAGUCAGGGAUGGAAUCCUUGAAGCACGGGCCAUCUUAGUUGCUCUCCGCACGGAGGAUAAAAAAAAAUGAUUGUUCAAGAGGACGAGGCUCACCAAGCUCAUUUGGGAUAGGAGGUGCAGCAGCCUGUUAUCCCUCCACUGUCAAGAACCGGAGGUUGUCGCUGCUCUGUGAAACCAGCCUCACGCGGUGCCCUCCUGUCCAGUAACCAGGAAACCCAUGCCUUCGCAAAGGACCCAUGGCUCAACUCUCAACUUGGAUUGGGCAAGCCAGCAAGUUGCAACCUCCAGACCAGCUUAGCAAGCCAUAGCCUUGUUCAAUCACCUUGAUGCCCCCACACAGGUCAUAAGCUGGCGUUACCCAGCUCGGCGAACUGACAUGUUUGUCAGAAGAUUUAUAAAGACUAGUUUGUCUAAUAUUCUUAACGACAUGGGACUUCCAAAUGGUAAUAUUAAGUUGGAGAUUGCUGAGCAUCUGCUAUGUUCUUUUGGAGCACAUAUAAAAAAUAACAAACUUUCUAAUCUCAUGCUGAUUGCUUCUGCUUCAUCUGAGAAGCUGAGCAUGGGUGAAGUGUUGUUGACCUUGUGCUGCAAAUGGACCUUUUGAAUUUGCUUCUUCAUCUUCUUCCUCACAUCUAAGUAUUCCACACUUUCAAUUCAACCGAGAAUCCGGUUUCAUUGUCUUUCUUUCUUCUCAUGACUGACAUUAAGUCGCACAUGCUUUCCUUUCAUUGCUGAAGACAAAGAUGCUCGAUGACAAAGAAAAGGGACACACAGAUUCACCCGAAAAAGAAAAAGAGGAGAGAAAUCAAAUCUUGAACAUAAACUAUUCAUAUCAUAUAGAAUUGUAUAUGUUCUACAUUAAUUAUGUAUCUAUUGUUGUCAUUUUUUUAAUGCUUCCUAUUUUCGAUUGACUACUUUGUUUGUUUGCUUAUUGUUUGCGGAGACAUUGUUAUAUAGUGGUUGCACAUUAUGGAUAUACUUUCUUGUUUCAGAUGAAUAA